AUGAUGUAUGUCAGUGAAUGGCAAGUCUUUCUGUUGAAUUUUGAAUUUUUUUCUUCUAUUUAUGGACUUAUUUCCCUGAAAAAUCAGUUUUGAUCAUUUUAUCCGUGGAGCGCACUUGCUAGUUUUUUUUCCUAGGCUCUUUUGUCCUCUUUUGCAUGGGAAAUUUCUGGGAACCUUAUAAGUUUUAAAAGUCGGAAAUAAGGCAUUUUGAGUGAUUUUAUGCCAUCGAAUUUCUGAAAUUUUUUUUCAUAGAUUGCAUUUUUUUUCUCUUUCAGCUUUCGUCAUAACCCAACCAGAACCAUUUAUUGCUUUCAAACCCCUUCUGCAACUGCAAACUAAUCUUCAUCUCCGGAACCGACUCCAAACGAAACGUGUUCAGUUUCAGGCACGACAAGAUGCUGGCGACGUCCCCGCCGUCCGCGGAGCCGACGACGACCUCAUCUUCCGUGACGUCAUCGACGACGGCGAGCUCGACGGCGUCGGCGAUCCUUUUCCCGCCCGACGUGCCGAUGGACUGCUCCAGCACGAGUCCGUCGAACGCCUCCGGGAUCCUCGGAGAUAUCGGCCAUGUCGACGACCGACAUGCUCGCCUUGCUCGCGUCCGCCACCCAUGCCAAGCACGACUUUGUCCAGACACCUUUGAAGCAGGUCAGUGUCCCGACUUUUGCCGGUUUGACUUCAUGGGAGAUGCGCCCGACCUUUGGCGGCUUGAAGCAAAGAAGCAAAAAUGAUUAGCGGCUUGAAGAGUGUUAGAGAACUCAGAGAACUCAGCUCGGCGUAAGUCGUGAAAGGUCGGGUGCAUCUCAACUCUAAAGACUGUUUUUCAAGUGAAAACAACGUUUCUUCAAAACACUACAUGUUGAUUUACUUAUUUAGCAAGGCCUAAUUUCCCAAAUGAGCAAAGCGUUGUUUUCAGAAUGAAGGAAAUGUGACUCCUCGAAAAGUUCCCUUUCAGUACGACCUAUUUUUCCAAACUAGCAAGGCCUUGUUUUCCAAAUAAUUGAAACAUGGCUCCUCGAAUAGAUCACGUUCUUCGAGGCCUAAUUUUCCAAAUGAGCAAAGUCUUGUUUUCCAAAUGAAUGAAUCGUGGUUUCUCGAAAAUAUCACUUUUACCACGGCCGAAUUUUCCAAAUGCGCAAGGCCUUGUUUUCUAAAUAAAUGAAACGUGGUUCCUCUAAGUGAUCCCUUUUAGCAAGGCCUAAUUUUCCAAAUGAGCAAGGCCUUGUUUUCCAAAUAAAUGAAACAUGGCUCCUCGAAUAGAUCACCUCCUUCAAGGCCUAUUUUUACAAAUGAGCAAGGCCCAUUUUUUCAAAACUUUAGGGAAUUAUUUUAAAGGAAGUUUUCUCUGAAUGAGUCUAAAUGGAAAAAGUUAUACUUUGCAAUUUUCGACUGCCUAUUUUUCCAAAUUGAUAAUUUUCAUCCAUGCUAAAGUACUGUAGCGAUUUGAAAAAUCACAUUUUUUUCAAAAUCUUCUCCACUUUCCAGACACCCGAAAAACUGGGAAAAAAAGAGCAGAGGUCAGAAAAAAGUGAAGAAGAAGAAUGUGAUAAUCUGACAAGUUUGAUGGAGAUUAAUUAUUCGGAAAGUGAGGGAGGAGAAGCCUCAGAUUCACCUUUCCCUUGGGGGGCUUCUUAAUGUUCAGUUUUUUCCUGCAUUCCUGGAUUUCUUUCAUUUUUCGGUAGUUAUUGUGAAGAGUUUGAGUUUCUCUGUUUUUUGAUGCCGAUUUCAUAACUUUUGGAUUUUUAGAAAAUUUUUUUGAGGGUGGUAGCAUGAGUUUUAACCAUUCAAAAUGAGGUCAUGACAUUUUUUUUUCCUUUUCUGAAAACUUUUCUCCUUUUUUGAGCCUCAAGUCGACACAGUUUGCCCUGAAAAUGUCUAUUAUCAUCCUGCAACCGACUUGAAACGACUUGCGCGUUUCGUCUUGAAAAUCGCCGAAUUUUUAGCCAUUCCAAAUGCGACCAGGUCUACCCGAUUUUCCCAUGGUAUCUGAGGUGUAAUAAGCCUAAUUUCUCUCUUAUUUUGCCCCAUAAUCCACCGUAAUCCUGAGAGAGAAAUAGAAAAAAAAAUCCAAUUCGAAUAACAAAAACAGCUGGAAAAUGCGGACAAAAGAAUUGUAGGCCCAAAAUGCCGUGCCGCCGCCUAGAAACCUCCACAAAGAUCUACAAAUUUUUCAUCGCCGAGAAAAAGAUGUUGAAUACAAUCUCCUAUAGCCUUUUCUUCUUGAAAUUGAGACGCGAAAAUGGAAAAUAUUCAGUUUUUUCGGCUGCCUGUUUCAGAGAUUUAUUAGAAAAAAGUUCGAGAAUUUUUCGCGGUCUAGUUUCACAAAUAUAGCGUGGCCUGGUUUUCCAAAUAAGUUUUACGGUUCAUAAUGAAUUUUUUUGAUGAGAUCGGCUCAUUCUGAUCAAUUCCAAGAUUUUCCAGACGGUCGGGUUUUCCAAAGUUAGAAUGACCUGGUUUUCCAAAUUUUCAGCUGUGUAGCGAGCUUAUAUGUCUUUUGCCAUGUGAUAUCAUAUUGGUGCAGUUUUUUAAAGGAACGUGAUCUGUUUUUCCAAAUAUAGAGGCCUAGUUUUCCAAAAAAGCCUACCGAGGUCGAUUUUUCCGAAAAUAAUUUUUGAAAUAUCCCAUCAUUUUUUUCAUGGCCUGGUUUCUCAAAAUUUUUUAAAUUUUUCAAUGAAGUUUAUAUAAUCAUGGUUUUAUUCCAGAUUGUAAGUGAUCGGCCUAGUUUUCCAAAUCAACUAAAAAUAGUUUCACAAAUAAGAAACCUCCAAAAAGCUUUGCCAGACUCGAAGUGCAAAUUUUAUCACCCAUGGCCUAGUUUUCCAAACAUUUAGUUUUUAGAAAAGUCAAUAUAAGCCAAAUUUUCUAAAUAAUGAAUUUACGAACAGCUUUCUAACGCUUGAUAAGCAAACUUACUCACUCGAGGCCUAGUUUUCCAAACUUUUCUCCUCCGAUAGCCUGGAAAGGCCAAUUUUUCAAAUCAUCCAGCCCCAAAAAAUGUUUAAGGUGUAAACCGUAAAUUUUCUCACCCAAGGCCUAGUUUUCCAAAUAAAGCCUAGCCGAGACAAUUUUUCUUGAUAAUAAGCCUUUAAAGAGUUCCAAGGCGUAAACUGCAAACUUACGCACCCAAGGCCUAGUUUUCCAAAUAUUUAUCAUUAAUGCCUGAUCAAGCCAAUUUUUUUGAAUAGUGAACCUCUGAAAAGCUUUUCAAGGCUUAAUCUUCAAACUUACUCACUCGAGGCCUAGUUUUCCAAACAAUAGCCUGGAAAAAAAGGCCAAAGAUAAUCCCACUUUUUGCCCCAUUCACCGUUUGUGUUUUCCAGGACGGAUUUGCGUGAUACUCGUAUGAUUCCUGAAUGGGUAAUGGGAAUGGAACGAGGGGGGAAAAAGUCGGUUGGAGCCUCUUUCGUUUUCGGGAUGGGGUGGGGAUUAAGCUGACCAUCACUCAUUGUCGUCGAAACCGCCAUGCCGUUGUAGGCUCCUCGGGAUUAGGCCCAAAACCCACACACCAAUUCCAAGAAGACGCUCUUUAUAGCCAUACGGCUCAGUUUUUCGAAGUUGAAGAGGCAUGAGUAGAGUUGGAAAGGGGCUACGAGCUGAAAACGGAGGUUGUAGGUUCGAAUCCGCUUCAGGGCGUGGGGAUUUUUGCCAUUAAAAACAAUAAUUGGUCUCAAUGCAGUGGUUAGAGCUGUCAGCUUUGGAUCUAGAGGUCGUAGGUUCGAAUCCGCUACAGAGCGCCGUGAUUUUUGCCAUUUUUCCCACACCAAUUCCAAGAAAGAGGCUCUCUAUAGCUCAGUUUGUCGAAGUUGAAAAGGCAUGAGUAGAGUUGGAAAGGGGCUACGAGCUGAAAACAGAGGUCGUAGGUUCGGAUCCCCUCCAGAGCGCAGUCAUUUUUGCCAUUAAAAACAUUGAUCGGCCUUAAUAAAGUGGCUAUUCGGUAAGAAACAGAGGUUUGGAAACAGAAGAAACAGAGGAAAAACAUUGAUCGGCCUUAAUAAAGUGGCUAUUCGGUAAGAAACAGAGGUUUUAGGUUCGAAUCCGCAUCAGAGCGCAGUUAUUUUUGCCAUUUCCCUGCACUAAUUCCGCGAAGACGCUCUUUAUAGCCAUACGGCUCAGUUUUUCGAAGUUGAAGAGGCAUGAGUAGAAUUGCAAAGGGGCUAUGAACUGAAAACGGAGGUUGUAGGUUCGGAUCCGCUCCAGGGCGUGGGGAUUUUCGCCAUUAAAAACAAAAAUUGGUCUUAAUGCAGUGGUUAGAGCUGUCAGCUUUGGAUCUAGAGGUCGUAGGUUCGAAUCCGCUACAGGGCGAUAUAGUUUUUGCCAUAUAAUUCAAAUGUUCUCUUUAUUUUUUGAGACUUACAGACAAUAAUUUGAAUCAUGUCACUAUUCAAAACAUUAAUUUGCCUAAGUAAAGUGGCUAGGACUGUUAUUGUUAGAUCUCGAGGUCUUUAGAUCGGAUCCGCACCAGAGCGCCGUGAUUUUUGCCAUUUUUCCAAACGAUUUUUUGAAGCCUGCUCACAAUUUAACAGUUCCUAGAAGGUUUAUUCAACUUUUAAUGCUUCUAAUGUGUCGGUGCAAAAGUUAGAGUCGCCAGUUUCUAGUCUAGAUGUCGUAAAUUCGAAUCCUCUCUAGAGCAUUGUGAUUUUUGCCAUGCCAUCAAAACUUUCCUCAAAUUCAUUAGAUGCUUUAAAAUCACAAAUUACUCUGAAAAUUUUAUUUCAUAACUUUGUUUUUGAAGUUCUUCGAAAUUCCAACCAACUUCCUUUUUUUCAAACUUUAAAGUUUGCAAAAAAAAAAGCAAAUGUUAAAAAGAAGCCCUGUAUAUGGUAAUCCGUAAUCGUAAUCCCUUGAGGGGCUUCUCAAACUUGAAACUCAAGUUUGUGUGCAAGUUUCAUCAUCGCAUCAUUGGGGGGAUUAGAGGGAAAUGAUUUUUUGGGAGGCAAGAGCAGAUUACCGUUUCAAAAGUUUCAUAAUUUUUAGGGAUAUAAAACAUUCAAUGCUACGGUGGAUUGGUUAGGGAAAAAUGAGAAUAUGAAGAUGCGCAGACAGAGAGUGAAUGUCUGCGUCUCUAGGUUUCUAACGCUCUCUCUUUUUUUAGUUUUUUUAAGCAAUUUCGAGGGUUUUUCGAAAAAUCUUGGCCGCAUUUGGAAUGGCUGAGUAGCGGCCCAACUCUCAAUUCAGCCGCAACGCAACCGCGACGCAUUGAGCCAUUCCCAAUUGCGACCAAGCUUGAAAAAAUCAAAAAAAGUUCAGACUUUUUACAAACUACACUAAAAAACAAAAAAAAAUCCAGUGAUGCAGGAAAAAAUUGAACAUUAAGAAGCCCUUCAAGGAAAAGGUGAAUUUGAGGCUUCUCCUCCCUCACUUUCCGAAUAAUUAAUCUCCAUAAAACUUGUCAGAUUAUCACACAUUCUUCUUCUUCACUUUUUUUCGACCUCUGCUCUUUCUCCCGGUUUUUGGGUGUCUGGAGAGUGCGGAGGGUACUUCAAAUUACUCUUUCUGCUUCGAUCAAAAAUGCUCGUACUUUACAAACGUCCUCACUUCAUCAUUUUCCAGGAAAUCCCCAUGUUCACCGACUCCACGCUGCUCCAGUUCCUCCAGGCCCAAAAUGCGGUUGCUCAGGUGGGAUUUUUCAACGAUAAAUGGGUCACAAGUUCGAGUCCGGUCCAAUGAGAAUUUUUUUUUGCCAUUUUGAGUCACGAUGGAUAUGAUGCGAGAUAACGAUGAGAACGUGUUUAUUUUGGAAUAAUGUUAUUUCUUCCUUAGUAGAUUGGUUGGAAGUCUGAUUAUGACCAAAGAGGUCGCAGGUUCGACUCCUCUCGGCGGAAAUAAGUUUUUGCUGUUUUCUUUAUCCAAAAUUUCAAUUUUUUUUUUCCAUUUUUGCAUUUAUUGAGAAUAGUGAAUGAUAGUCUAAUCGCUAAAAGCCUUGGAUUUCACCGGUAAGGUCACAGGUUCGACUCCUCUCCUUGGAAUGGAUUUUUGCCAUUUUUAUUUCUUGAAAUGAGGCAGUUUUUCAACAUUUCUUCUUAGAAAAAAGGAUAUUUUAGAAACGAAAAGCUUUUUUAUCAUGUGAAAGGUCACAAGCUCAAAUCCGGUUGUCAAAAAAAUACUUUUUGCCAUUUUUCCCUUCGAAUUUAAAUCACUUUUUCAGACAUCUACUCCUAGAAACUUUAUUUAUUUUCAGUUACAAGCCCAAGCCGUUGCUCAACAACAACAGCAGCAGAGACAACAGCAAAUCGCCCAGCAGCAGCAGCAAAAUCAACAGAAUGGCUCGCAGGAGAGGAAAAGGGUUGGUUUUGGGUUUUCUUGAGGGGAAUCGCUGCGCCCGACCCCUCACGGUUUUAUCCGAGGAAGAGAGAGAAAGAGGUGCUGAGAGAACUUUGUAGAUUUAAAACCUAUCGGAGACGCGACCGCAACGCGGCGAUCCAUUCCAAAUGCGACCAAGGCGUUUUGAGGGGUUUCGCAUGGUCUUUUGUUUGUUCAAGCCAUUCCAAAUGCGACCAGUAUUUAUUUAAGGGUCCUCAUGUUGGGAAAAAAAAGGCGGGAAUAAUUGCAAAAACCAGAUUUUGGUUGUAAAUAAAAACUUAUCGAACACGCGACGCGACCGCAACGCGGCGAGCCAUUCCAAAUGCGACUAAAGCUUUCAAAUUGGUCCUGAAUAAAUUUUUUAUGAAUAAAUAGCGUCAAGGCUGUAAAAUAACAAUAUUUUAUAUCUUGAAAAAAAACUUAUCGAACACGCGACGCGGCCGCAACGCGUCGACCCAUUCCAAAUGCGACCACAGCUUUUAAGAGGUUAUGAAUAGACCAUUCUCUGAAAAAUCGUGAAGGUCGGAUUUUUGCAAUUCUGAAAAUUUUUCCAGUCAUUUUUUCCAUCAAAAACGACGUUUUCAGUCCUACCCCUGCACGUUCCAAUUCUGUUCCCUGUGCCAAAAAGACGUCCAUUCUUCGAAAUUGCCCUGCCACAUCCGCCAGUGUCACGUCGCCAAGCCCAUGUUUCAGGUUUGGAAUCAAAAUUUUUCACAAAAAUCCAAAAAUGAAAAACUGAAAAUUUUUAUCAGAAAAUCAUACAGCUUUACGGUUUCAUAAAAAGUUGUAUAUUUUUUUAUGAGAUUUUUUUCACAUGUGUUUGUAAUCAAUGAACUUUAGUAAGAAAAAUGCUUAUUAAUUUUUUUAAAAAAACCACCGCAUGGUUAAUUAAUUAUAUAAUUAAUCAUAUGGUUAAUGAAAAUUCAAAAAAAUUUCGAUAAACCCCUGAAAAUGACCACUUUGAGAAAUAACUAUUUUACUGUUUCAGAUGAUUUUUUUAAAUUUUCACCAAAGUCAAUUUUUUUGUUGGAUUCCUUUAAUGAAUUGAUCAAUUUUUUUAAUAUCUUUUAAAAAAACAUGAAAAACCCGAUUUUUCUUGCGGUAAGUAGUCCCUUAAGGGUCUUUGACGACUCGAGGGGUCCCUUAAGAGUUUUUUUGAAGAUAAAAUUAGUCAUUAGUUGUAUUAAAAAUCAUAAAGUGGCUUCUGUUGAGGUCUUUGAAGUUUUUGAGUGAUCAUUUAAGGAUUUUUUGGGAUAAAUUUUGUGUCCUUCACAACGUGGAUGGUUUUAGGUUUAAAAGUUAGGCUUCUCAUUGUUUCAGGCAGUUCAAGGGGCCACUUGAGGAAUUCCUAGAAGAUGAAAACCCCACUUUACUGUUUCAGAAGAUUUUUUUAAAAAUUUCACGAAAGUCAUUUUUGCAUGUUCAAUUGUUUCAGUAAUGAUCAAAUUUCAAAAAAACUUUUUUUCAACGCCAAAAUUUUUGAUGAAUUCUAUUUUUUUAAAAAUUCUAGAAUUUUUCAAAAAUGCUCGCAUUUUGAAAAACUUCUUUGCAUUAAUUUUUUUACAGUGUCCGGCAUGUGAUUUCACAUCUACGUAUUCGAAAAAAACAACGUCAAAAAGUCACAUGGUCUCUCUUCAUGGCUUGGCUGUCAGUUUUCAUGAAGUCAUUUUUGAUUUUUAUGACGUCAUUUUUUUCAGGGCGAUCCAAUCAGCUAUAUGGACAAGUACGCGGCGCAGGUCGAAGAGUACAUGAAAACCUGCUUUCCUCACGGUAAGUAAUCACUUGAGGGACUUUAAAUGCCGGAGAGGUCACUCAAAGGUUUUUUUGGAGAUGAAAUGGGUUUUUUCAGAGAUUUUAAGCCUUUUUUGGGGUUUUUGCUAGGAGAAAGUCAAAAAUAGAGCCACGAAAAAAUAAAACGAAAAAAAAAAAUCGUGAAUAUUCAAAAAUUUGGACAAACCCCUGAAAAAUGACUACUCUGAUCAAUCCUCAUUACUGUUUCAGAUAAUUUUUAAGUUUGACCAAAAGUCCCUUUGUGUGUUAGACUUGUCAGGUAUGUACAAUUAUUUUUUUUAUUUGGAACAUGGAAAUUGGUUUCCCUAACGGUAAGUAGUCCCUUAAGGGACUUUUUGGAAUACUGUAUCUUGGAAAAAAUCACUGGGAGUAUAAAAAAUGACAAAGAGGCCACUUAAAGGUCCUGGAAGCCUUCAAGUGAUCACUUGAGGGUUUUGAGUUAUAAAAUAGCUUUUUAGUGAAAAUUUUGUCUUUGAGAAUGGUCUCAGAUUCAAAAUUUCGUCCUUUCAAGGUUUCAGAAAUUUCAAGUGGUCACUUUAGGGGCCUGAAGCGGAAAUUGGGAGAACUUUGAGUUUUUAUCCCAAAAAAAAGGGCACUUAAAAGUUUUUUGGAUAUUAAGUUCUAAGUUGUUCCUGAAAAAUGGCGGAAACUGACUUUUUCAAAAAAAAAAACAUGUUUUUCAGUACGCGGCCGUGGACGGCCAAUGCAAGGCCGAUCAUCGCCGAAAUCGCCUUCGAGUCCGCCGAAUCAAAUCGCUCGCAGGGCUAGUCAGGUUCGGAUUUAUUGGAGUUUCUUCCAUUUAUUUUUAUUGGUCAUGAAAAAGAGGAUUCGAAAGAUAUAAAUUUUAUUAAGAAAAAAACUUUUUUUGAUCUUUUUUUGGAGGUUUUUUUAGGUUUCUCAGUACCUGGAAAAAGAUAUAGAAAAGGUAUUUUCGAAACAUAUCAUUCUAUACAGAAUUUUUUUCCUCUAUAAAACAAUGUUAUAUUUUUUUCCGAAAUAUCGAACAUUUCCAGGUCUCGGCAGUCCAAAGAAGGGUCCAAGGACUUUCGAGCGAAAUCCUCUCGAUUGCUCAGCAACAGCACGCCGUCGCCGUCGCUCAACGUUUCGGGAGCUUGAGAAAGUUGGUUUCUUACCUUUUUCGCGGAAAAAUGACAUAAAUUUUGGUUUCUUAAGAAUUUUUAUGGUGAAAAUCAUCAAGAAAAAAAUUAAUUUUAACUUUUCAAUUUUCGAUGACUUUGAUGUUUCAGGAAAAUUUUAAAAGCUGUUUUUUGUGUUUAGUGCUGUUGGGCUGUUUGGCUAUUUUUUUAAAAUAUUAUUCUGAAAAAGUCUAGGGAUUAAUGAAAAAAAUGAGAGACAUCCAGACGAUCAGAAAAAAACUCGCCGUCUGGCGCUCUCUUAACUUAUCGUACUCUUUAGUUUUUGGAUUUUUUUCGAAGGUUUUUCUCAUAAUUUUUCAAAUUCAGUAUUGAAAUAGACUAAAGGAAAAAGUGGCCAAAAUCGCAAGGAUACAGUGAUAAUUGUAUAAUGAGAGAGUCACAGACAUGUAGACCUUUUCUCUGACUGCCUGGCACUCUCAACGUUUCUCAUGUUCUCUAGCUUUCUACUUUAAUUGAAUAUUUUACUCUUCAAGGCUUCAAGAUAACUAGAAAGAGUGGAAAAUGAGAAAGAAACAGACGUUAGAGACUUUCUCUGACCGUCUGGCGCCCUCCAAAAUUUUCAAGAAGCUCUAAGAACUUGAAAAUUUUCAAAGGCUAGAGAGCAUUGAAAAGUAAUAGACGCAGAGACGUUUGAGACUUUUUCUGACCGUCUGGCGCUCUCGAAAGUUUUCUCAGUGUGUGAGGCUGUAAAAAUUGAAAGGCUAGAGAGCAUUUGACAGUAAUAGACGUAGAGACAUUGGAGACUUUCUUUGACCGUCUGGCGCUCUCCGAAAUUCCCGUCUAACUUUCUCCACCUUUUCCACACUCUCUAUCCUCCUAACCCCUGUCUUGUAAAUUCCUGGAAUUCUGUCUGUUUAUCACAAAAAUCCAAGACAAGACAACAAAAAACAGGCGAACAUAUUUCACAAAAUACAUCUUUAAUAAAUGAUAAACAAGGUCGACCCAUCGUUUAGUGAUGUUUUAAGGGAAUUUCGCCUCCUUUCCCCGGGGGGAUCAUCUUUUUCGACGCGCCAAAUCCGCCGCACAUUUUCCAAGCGUCAAAAGUUAAAAAUCGCGCCAUUAACUUAUUGAGAACAUUCUCAUUGGAAAAUGGCCAGAAUCCAACCAACCGCACUUUCAAAACGUCUCAUUUUUAGUGAUUUUGACAUUUUUUGAUAUGCUUGGAUAUUCAUAGAAAAAUUUCGGCUUAAAAAUUUUCCUUCGAAUGUUUUAAAAAUUCUCAAAUUGUGAAAACUCUUAAGUGACCUGUAGGCCCAAUAUUUCCCCGGUUUUUCGCUUCAGAGCCCUCAAGGGACCACUUUAUUUUCCUGAAAAUUUAAAAAAAUUAAAUUUUUGAACCUAAGGCGAUUCUCAAAGUUUUGGACACAAGGAAAGCUAUUUUAUUCCUCAAAACCCUCAAUUGACCACUUGAAAUCUUCAAGGACCCUUAAGUGGUCUCUUUAUCAUUUUUUAUAUCCCCACUGCCCUUUCUUAUGAGAAAAAUCCCAAAAAGUCCUAGAAGUCUCGAAUUUUUUCUAAAACCUCUGAACAGGCCCGUUCAUCUCCAAACCCCCCUUAAGUGACUCCCUCAUCAAAAAUCCCUCAAAGGACUACUUCUCAUGAGGCAGACAGACUUUCAUUUUUUUAAAAUAUAGAGAAAAUUGAAAAAAAUUCACUUCACAUGUAUCACUGAAGAAUCAAGCAAGAAAAAAACAAUUUUUAGAAUAUUUAAAAAAACAAUAUGAAACAUUAAACUAGAGAUGGAUCAAAACAGUCAUUUUUUAGGAAUCUAUCAAAUUUUUCGCAUUUCCGAGAUUUUUUUUUUCGUUUAAAUUAUUUCGUGGCUCUAUUUUCGAUUUUCCCAUGAAAAUUAUUCUGAACGUCUGAGAAAAAGCUAUUUCUUCUCUCCAAAAAAACCCCUCAAGUGGCCUCUUUAGUCAUCAAAGCCCCUCAAGGGGCUACUUACCGUGAGAAAAACAUAUUUUCAUGUUAAAGAAAUUAAUAUUUAUUUAGUUAAUUCUGACAGUGACUCAACAUGCAAAAUGAUUUUUUUGUGCAAACUUAAAAAAAUGUCUGAAACAGUAAAGUAAAGAUCGAUCGAAGCAGUCAUUUUUGAAUUUGUUAAAUUUUUCAAAGCUUUUUUUCCGUUUUUCAUUUUUCUCGCAUCUGUUUUUUUGAUCAUUAAGAAAUCUAGGAAAAUUUAAAAAAAUAAAUAAAAUGAAAAAAAUAAAAAAAGCCACCCCUGAAGAAAUGUGAAAAAUCAAAAAUCUCCAACCCGUCUUGAUCCGCUUUUUUCUUCUUCUCAAUGUUGAAACAUCAGAUUUUCGUAAUUUAAGAAUUCCCCCUCAUCUUUCUUAUCUUUGAUAAACCAGGUGAUUAAAGGUUUAUCCCUGGCCAGAUCUUUGUUUAUUUAUUUAUUUUUGGUUUAUUCGGUCUCGUGAGAAAGUUACAUACAUUUUUUUGGUUAUCAAAAAUCAGAUUUAAUAUUUUUGAAAAAAAUCAGAAAAAAAUACGGAUUUUUAUUUUACUUGAAUCAAGGUCAAUUGGAAAAUGAUAUUUUUUUAGAACACUUUACUGUUACAACUAAUCGCUAAAUUUGAAUAUUCUUAAUUUCUCGAUUACCGCAUGUUCUUCCCUCGGCAAAAAUCAGCGAAAGUUGUGGAAAAAUCUAGAGAUCAUUGGAAAAGGAGAGAGUCCCAGAAAGUCUUUUCUGUCUACUGCUCUCUUAUCUUCUUACGUUCUCUAACUUAGGUGAGAAAUCUUGGGUAAGUAUUGAGAUUUUGAAGAAAAAAAAAAUUAGAGAUAAUAGGGGAAAAGGAGAGUUUUCUCUCUUCGUCUGGGUUUCUCUGCUUUCUUCAUAAUCUCUAACUAAAAAGCAAAGAAAAGAAGAGCUAGAGAGUGUGGGAAAAUAGGAGAGCGCCAGAGAGAGAAAUGUCUCUCUGAUUGUCUGGAACUUCCACUUUUUAUGUUCUCUAUAAAAUUUUUUCUCGGCGUUUUUCGCGAAUGUUCCAGCAGUCUCUACAUGUUCUUUCAAGAGAGAAAAAGAAAAAAAUAAAUAUCCCGACGGCUUAAAACCACGUUCCGACGAUUAAUCUGACCGAGAGCAAAAGCCCGCCUUUUUUUAUUUUUUUGUUUACUUAUUUUUCCCCGCCUGGUUUUUAAAAGAGACAACUUUUUCUCAGAGUUCUUCUUUAUUCCUCAAAUUCAAUUUUUUUGAAAAAAAAAGCAAACAUUUACCUAGGGACCGCAAGCCAUUUCUUCAGAACGAUUCAAAAAAAAUAUUUUUUACAUUGUUCGAUAGAGGAGACUGUCCAUUUUCAUAAUCCGUUUAGUUUUUGACAAAAGCUCCACUAAGAAAAAAGUUAUGGCCAAAAAACGAGCGCGCGCGGCGUACAACUGGAGGCAAAAUCUCACGGUUUACCCGCUGCCGCACGCUUUCUUUUUAAAUGUUUUUUUGCGCGUUUCUGGACCGUUUUUUAAAUCGGUUUUUCUGUUUCUGAGAGGUUGUCAGAACUGAUCUUUAUGUUUUUGGCAUGAAUCAUUCGCAUAACUAUCAUCAGAAUUUUUUUGAUAAAAUAUCAAAAAAACUACCUAGAAAAAAAGGUCAAAGGGAUUUUUUUCAGCUUAUUUUUUUCUUUUUUUCUACUCAGAAAAAAAUUAUUAUCAUUCGAUUUGGGAAAAAAAGAAAAAAAUGAAAAAAAUAAUGUUAUUUCGAAAUAAAACAGGAAAAAGUGCAAUUUGACUUCGAAAAACGGCUCCUGCAACAUUUAAAAUGGCGCAUCGGUGUGUUUGACGCAAACACUGCUACGAACGCUUGCACGAAUUCUUCCAAAAUUUCAAAAAAAAUUGCCAUUUUUUCGAGGUUUUCAAAGCCGUUAUUUUUUUCGCGUCGUUUGAUUUUUUUCAUAAUUUUUUCAUUGAUAGAGUUUUGAACGCCUAAUAACAUAAUCAAAAAAAUAUAGACGCGAUCCUAUUCUCUCAUGCGUCAACGAGGCAGGCGAAAAAAAGGAGGUUUUGGUAAACUUCAAAUAUAAUUUGAUUCGCUGUCCCAAUAAUUAUUUUCGUUCUGAAUUGUUAUUUUUGAACACAUUGUGAGCAUUUUUAAAUCAAAAAAAAGUAUACCAUGUCGCUCAAAUUUUUUUCGCAUUUCAGCUUCAAAGUUUGGUGUCACUUUACAAGCUUUAAUAUUUUUUUCGCGUCGUUAGAUUUAUUUAAAUUUUUACUCGAAAAAUAAAGAAAUUGUUAAUAUAUAACAUACUCAAAAUUUAGAAGCGUUCCUCACUUGGUUUUUCAGAAACGCGACGAUUUUUGUGAAACUUGUCAGUUUUUUUCGUGUUAAAUCUUACUUUUUCGCUUAUUUUUUUGAAAAAAAUACAUAGUUUUAAAAAAAUAUUCAGUCUUGUAGAGCGUUGUCGAUUACAUAGAUUAACAGAAACAGUUUAUUUUUUUAAAGUGGAACUUUAGCUAGUAUAAACGCCUCAAAACCGUUUUUGCAACAAAAAAAAUCGUCAUUUUGGUGGCGUGAAGGGGCGGGGCUUUGCGCCCCCUACAUUUACCGUCAUUUGUCUCAUCGCGUAGCUACCAAGCGCAAGUCGUUUUGAGGUCGGGCGCAAAUUCAAAAUUGCAUUGAGCCAUUCCAAGUGCGGUCAGGAAGUUGCUCUGAUCAUUUCAAUAUUUUUUGCGGUUUCUAAAAUAAUCCUUUUCGGAUCAAGAUAUUCCUCGAAUUGGAGAAAAAGCUGAAUUUUAGCCAUUUUUUUUUUUGAGUUUUCGAGGUAUUUUCCCUCAAGAAAUCUGUGUUUUUGAAUUAUAUUGGUCCAUUUUGCAGUGGCGGUCGUUUCCCGGUGAUUCCGUCGAUUUUCCCGCCUCAGCCGAUAAUUACCAACAACAACACGAUCAUGCAUCCCAGCAAGCCGUUCGGAUUCCUUCCCAAGGUAUUUUUGCACUUGAAAUCAAUGGGUUUAUGACACAGAAGUCGUAUUACUUGCUUCAUAGCUUCCCGAUGCAAAAUAGCGCAAGUGGUUUCUGGUCGGCUGCAACUUUAGAUUCAGUGUUUUGAUAUUGCGAUGCGUUGAGCGAUGCCGCAAAGCUUUUCAUGUUCAAAGCGCGCAAAUCGUUUCUGGUCGGCUGCAACUUUAAAUUGAUUCAUAUGAGACCGCGACGCCUUGAGGCAUGGCACAAAGCUUUCCAUGGUCAAGGCGCGCAAGUCGUUUCUGGUCGGCUGCAACUGCAAAAAACGUUUUUUGGACGCAUUUGGAAUGGCUCAACGCGUUGCGGCCUUUCAAAUGGUUUUUAGGAAGCUUGUAUGGAUUGAUAGUGCAAACCGCCUCGAUACGCGACGCGCUGAUCCAUUCCAAAUGCGACCAAUGCGGUUUUCUUUGAAGCUUCUCCUAGAAGAGAAAUCCUGCGCUUUUUUGUAGAAAUGAAAUAAAAGCGAUCGCACCGCCUUGAGCCAUUCCAAAUGCGGUCUGUUUUCUUAUUUUCGAAGAGUAAUUAUGAUGAGAAUGUCCCAUUUUUUCAGAAGGAAUUCUGAAGUGAAUGAAGCAACUUUUCAGGAGGAGUCCGACUCCCCGAACAACCUGACCUCGUCGCUUGACGACCUGAUGAGCGGAGUCAGCCAGAGGGCAACGACAGCUUCCCAGGCCUCCGUCCGGACCGCGUCUUCGACGUCGACCCUCCAGCCGGUCAGGCCCGGCGAGAACAUCCAGCCCCGGUACCUGAACUCGACCCUCACCUGGUCGGUCCUCAACGGCGCCCAGGUCAAGAACACCAUCUUCGAGGAGUCCGCCAACACCGUCGACGACAUCGUCGAGGUGAGAUGAAAAUCGGGGAAAAAAAGGAGAAUUUUGAUCUGGGAGCUGGAGAAACUUUUUUGACUCUUAAACUUGAAAAAAACUCCAAAAUUGAUUCCAGCAAAAAAUCAGCGUCAGAAUUUUUCAGACUUUCUCAAUUCUCAAACUUUAAAAAGCUCAGAACUUUCGAAAUGGAAAGGUUCAGGCUUCUGAGCAAGAUUUGCUCAAAACAUUUUCUGUGGCCAGUAGGCGUGGCUAACUGCAACAGCGGCACGGUUUAUUGCAAUAGGGGCGCGGGGAUGAGAGUCAAGUUUUGUGGAUUUACUGGUUGAAAAAAAGACCAUUUAAUAAUGUUUUUUUUUCUAGGUUCUUGCAAGAUUUCGAAGGUUUUUCAAUGUGUAUUGAUAAAAAAGUCUAUUCAAAUAAAAAAAAGCACAGAUUUAAAAUCAGCAAGAAAAUCUGUGUCAAAUGAACCCUUUAUCAUCAGAAAUACGAGAAAAUCGGUUCCAGAAAAUCAACAAAGCGAUGGGCGACCAAGAGCUUCUGAGCGAAGAACCGGCCUUGACGCCUUCGCAAUCGGCGGCCGUCCAGGCGGUCCGAAGUCAACUCCAACUUCAGCAGUUUGAAGUCGAAUUCGCCGUUCAUAGGUUCGUUGAGAAGAAAAAAGCACUUGCAUGGCUCUCGGCACGUAAAAUUACUGUAUUGAUAGAAAAAAGUCACUAAAUCUCGUUAGGAAUUUCAAAAAGAUUUUUUCACUUCUGAAUUUGAAUAAAAAUAUCUGAUUUUCCAAUGAGUCUCUCCACGAAAACUACAGUAAUCCGAUAAAAAAAACUCAUAAUUCGCUGCCAAAAGUUUUUUUCUUCCGUUUUUUUCUUGGUCUUCGCACGAAAAACUACAGUAUCUCUAGAGAAAAAAAUCAGUAACUCUCGUUAGAUAUUGCAAAGUUAUUGCAUUUAGAAGAACUUUAGACAUCUUUUUCGAAAAUCCUCGGCUUAAAAACAAAUUUAACAUUUUUUAUCGAGUUUUGGCACGAAAAACUACAGUAAUCCCUUAAAAAGCUGCAACAAAAUUCACACUCUGAAGUUUUUUUACCCCAAUUUUUCCUGAGUCUUGGCACGGAAACUACAGUAAUCCACGAAAAAAAAGCACCGUAAUUUCACACAAAUCAGCAUUUAAUUUUUCACUGCACGUUUGCAUGAGAAAUACACUGGCGCUGUUCGUUUUUUUCUCGAAAAAAAGUUUUUGAAAAAUUUGAAAUUUAUUGGGCAAAGUGACUCGGCUGAAAGUACUGGAAAAAAAUCUAGAUUCUUUGAGAAAAUGGUCUUGACACGAUUCUCCUACAGUAACCUGCUAAAUUAUUUUUGUAAAGAGUAGCUUGAGUAUAUGAGGCAGGAGACUCUACCGGGCCGUAAUUUUAUUUAUUUUUUUAAUUGGUCCUGACACGAUUAUCUUCUACAGUAACUCAUAAAUUUUUUUGGAAAGAAAUCAAAAUGGUCCUAAAAAAAUGUUUUAUUGCAGUAACCAAUCAAUUUUUAAAAAAAAGAGGAGAAGAAGUCAGAAAAUCAUAUCUGACGCUUGUUUUGUAAGAAAAUGGUCCUACAACGAUUCCUCCCGUAAUCUUAACGUUUUUCUAAAAAUUAAGCUGUAGGUUAUGUACCAAGCUUCUAUAGUCGUAUCACACAGCCGAGUCGCUAGAAAAAAUAAUGAAAAAAAAGUGGAAGAAACGCUCGGCGCCCUGUACUAACAUCCUUGGUUGUCUCGUUGAUGGGGAGCAGAUAAGACGCGCUGAAUCUACAGCAUCUACAGAAUGGACCUGAAAGUUCUCGGGCCGGAGCUGGUGAAACUGGUGGCGAGCAUCGCGCCGACCUCGGCCGACUCGACGCGUCUCAAGACCCUUCAGGCGAGACACGUCCCCCUGGGCGACAACGAGAAGUUCUUGUUGGCGGUGGGUCUUCCUUUCAAGAAAAAACGUCAAAAAAAAGUCAUGGUAUAGUCCAUUUUAAGCGACUUGAGGAGGCGGGAUUUCUCUGCGCCCUCCUCGUCUCUCGACGACUCUCUCAUGUUGACCUUCUAUUCCAUGUUCCUCUGACCUCUCCGGUGAAGGAACAGAGAGACGCAGACAGGCAGAGAAUUUCAAAUCGCGGUGAACGGGCAACAUAGUCCAUUUUCCGUGACUUUCUGAGAGCGCAGACGGGCCACGCCCCUUUUUGCCCAAGUUACCCGUGAAUCGGCUCUAUAAACUCCUAAUAAGCUGGGAAAAAAACCGUCUAACUUGUCUGAACUCUCUCUCUCUCUCGUCUAGAGAGUGAGAGAGUGCAGACAAGCAGACAUCAUUUUAUGCCGGCAAUUUCAAAAUCGACUCGUUAUUCAUUUGAAAUAUUCCCGCGAAAUAGGAAGCCUUUCGAAAUCAUAGGUCCUACAACGAUUCAUCGUAAAAUAUGAUUUUUUACGGUGACUUUUACGGGCGAACUCCAAAUUUCAAAGUUAUUCGGGAGUUUACAACGAAAAUUUCUAAAUUUCAAAUCUAUUUGGGAGUUUACAACGAAUAUUUAAAGUCACCGUAAAAAUGCAAAUAUUUCCAUGAAUCGUUGUAGGACCCAUUUUUUUUUUCUAAAGGACUCCCAGAAUUCUAUUUUUUCCUUUUCGCGGAUUUUUUUUAAAACGAAUAACGAGUCAAUUUUGAAAUCGUAGGAAAUGUUUCGAACACGGGAUUUCCUUUAAUAAAUCUACCAUAUCAUUCAAUUAUCUAUCAGUUAUCAAAAUUAAUCUUGUUCAAUUUUAAGCUCGCCGGAAUCGACAGAAUGGAGGAAAAGCUCCAAACAAUGUUGCACAUGGGAACUUUCAAGUCGGAAAUUGAUCGCAUUUCUGAGGUUUCUUGAAAAAAAAAAUCAGAAAUAUUCAAAGAAGUUUUCCAGCAACUGAGCCAACUGGCCAACGCCGGCCGUGUGCUCCAGAAUUCGGACGUCUUCCGUCAUCUGAUGUACCUCGUCUUGACGUUGGCCAAUUUAGCGAUCGCUGGAGAUCGAGCCGCCACGGCGAUCAGUGGUUUCCGUGUUGGCCAGAUCAAGGAGGUGAUUUCUCAAAGGAAUUAUGGAAGGAUGAAGGAUGAUAAAAUUAGGGAAAAAUGGAAAAUAUUAUUAGAUCCUAUUAGAAGCUGAAAAUUGAAAAAUAACAAAGAGGGUGCUCUAAAAAUGGAACAGAGGAAGAAAUGAAAAAAAAUGCAUUCCAGAAGUUUAUUCUGAAUAAAUUGAAAGUUGGUAUCCUGGAAGAUAUAAGUUUCAUCGAACGUCUAAAAUGAAUGUUGAGAAGAAAUAGAUAAUUCCGCUGUUUUUUGGAAAACUUAGUAAAAAAAGUUCGGAACUCAGAAAGCAAAAUCUAUUUUGGAACUUUUCUUUUUUUUUAGUUGUGCUCCCAGCCUCUGCCAUCGGGCAUGACGAUCUUCAAUAUUUUGGUCGCGGCCUUGAAAAACGAGUUUCAAAAUGUUCGGGAAGCUUGUGACCUCUAUGAAAUGUUGUUAACAGCGGGACAAGGUGAGAAUAAUCAACAAAAGUAUAAAGUUGAUAAAAAAUGUUUUCAGUCUCAUUCACGGAGCUCACACAAUCAAUGUGCCGACUGGACGAGCUGAAUGUGAUCGCCGAACGAGAAUUGGAAGGAAAUCGGGGCAAUCAGGACCUCAGCGACUUCAUCGACAGCUCCCGCGGGCAAAUUCAAUCGCUUUAUGAUGAUUUUUACAGCUCAAAGGUACGGGGAUUCGAAAAAAAAUGUCAAAAACUCUUGAUGCAGUUUUUAAAGACGCAUGAAUAUAUUUCACGAAAAACAACUAGCGCGAAGAGCCGUUCUACGCUUUGAACACUUCAAAAAGAAGUUUCGCAAGAAAAAAAAAUCCAUGAACAAUUUUUGAACAAACCUGGAGUGAAAUGAAACAUUAUAAAGCAAUCGAUUGCAGGAGGAGCUAAUCCGCUCACUUUCCUUCCUCGGAGAACCGAUCCCAAGGCUUGACGAGCCUUUGAAACCCGAGGAAGUCUUCCGAAACAUUGGCGAAUUCCUCCGCGAACUUCAUUCCUCCCUGGAUUUUUCCGUUCCGAAUGAAGACACUCAAAUCAACGUUUCCUCGCCUUGA